AGCUUGAAUACCGAGAGCAUGAACAGUGAGCGUCCGAAAAAGCCAGACUCAAAGAUAGCCUUGAGAGACGAUGAGUCAUCACCAAUGUGUCAGUUUAAAGUGAGUUGACCUUGGAAAGCGUCUCACGAUCCCGGCUACCUGGACCCAGAUCGCAUAAUAUUACGGCGAAUGACGAAUCCGCAGAGAAUCUUGGUAGGGCAAAUGUGCGCUUCUUUGAAAACAAGAAAGACCAACAUGGAAGGUCUAGUCAGGGAGAAAACACCGUUAGCAGCACUGAUUGCGCCCGUGUUCUCUGACGAGAGUAUCAAAAUCCUGACAAAGGGAAUACGCGGGGUGGGAUCCAGGAAGAGGGAAGUGGCGCAGGAAAACGACGAGGGCGUAGCUAUCGCCUCCGAGAAGCUAACUGGCCCAGUUCUUGCCAGGGUCCGACAAGCGGUCGCUGAAAAUGAAACGCAGCGAAAACUGCAGUCUUUUUUGAAAAGUCAACUAUAAAGCGGUAAAUUUACGGGAGGAUUACCCAGACUACAACAUACCCGAUACGUUUUAGGCGUAAACUGCGUAAGCACGUACACUACAUCAUGUUUUUUUUUGUUCGUUACUGCAAUUGUUAUUACAGUCGUGAGAAAGUUGUUCUCAGUUUAUUUUACUCAAUUUUUAUUAUCGAAGGUUUGCGUGCAUAUAUAAGGCUCUUUAUUUUUACAAUUGUGAACUUACACGAACUGAGAUAUAAUUCGUAAUUUCAUUUAUACUAAAUCGGAAGUACAUACAAUACUGCUGUGAUUGAGUGAAAUUACCAUCAUCCUUAUUAACGACGAAAGAAUGAUGAGGAAAAAUAGCUUUCUACUCCAGCCGUGUUGAUUUAUAAUACAUUUAUAGCAUUUACUUCUGCAAUUUUUUAUCUUUCAUUUUCAAAUUAUGCAUACUUUGAUUUGUUCGUUUGUAUUUCUCUUCCAGGAGAAGGAACGUAUAGUUUUUUAAAACGACUAUUAAGUAAUUGCUCUAAGGUGCGCGAAGUUGAGUCUGAACUUUGAUCAUACAUAUAUCGCAAUUGGAAGUGAGUUAUUCGUAAACAUUAACGGUGCGACUAGCAUCUGAAUUAAUGGUUGGAUUCAAUUAUGAUUUGCUUAUUGAUU